GAGGGGAUCAGUAGCAACAGCAGACAGCCAGCAGCCCAGCAGCAGCAGCGGUUGGAAGGUUCGGUGGAAGUAGUGAACGCAACAGUUUGAAAACGUGGAGGAGAGUAGAGCUGAGGUCUGAGGUUCAUCUCUACAUUCUCCGUUGUUGCUGUUAUGUUGUAUACAUUAAAUACAUAUAUAACUUGAAUCGGUACAGGCGACGACCGAUCGUCCCGGUUUGGAUUACUCAGGUUAACUCUUGUCUGGAUGUGAGUUGAUGCUCAGUCUGUAUUAAUAUCAUGAUGGACAAGGACUACAUACUAAUAAACAAGUUUAAAAAAUAUAGUAAAGCAGACUAGUGAAGAGGAGAGACGUCAAAAAACCAGAAAGGAGCAAAAUAUACGACAGCAAUCAGCGAGGAACAGCAAGGAGACACAAUACAGAACACACACACACACAUACACGUGGACAGGGGAGGGAAAAGUUAUUUUGAGAGGGGAGAAAAAAAUCGGUCUUUAGACCAGUAAGUGGCAGUCGAUUGAGUCCAGAAAGAUGCUCUUGGCGAGUAAGAUGUAAACUUGCCUGAAUGUAAAACCCGUGAUUUUUUCAUCAGUGAUGUGUGUUUUUGUUAUUAUGUAUGUAUAUUUAUAUAAAUAUAAAUAGAUUACAAGAAUCCAGAUAAUUCAGGGAGCGUAAAGACAUUAAACAUUGACGAUAGUGUGAUGGUGUUAAUCGCGAACUUUUCAACUCAAAAAAAUUUAUUACGGGUACACGCCGUCAAAUGCAUUAGUCAUUGAUAAAAACUACAAAUGAUUUUAAUCAGUUAGAUUUGUAGAUACAAGCUGUAGUAAUUGUUGGGUCGAAAAAUACCAGGGUCAACGACGAGGAUCUUUUUCGAUAAUCGCAGGGCAAAGAAGUUGGAGUAAAACCUGGCAUGCCGAACUGGUUAUUCAGUGAUGGUGUUUAAAAUUAUUGAGGAUAGUAAUUUACGUGCUGCUAUAUACCAAAUUACCCGAGUUGUAUGACAAAAUUAAAUAUAAUUAAUAUUGGAAUCUACGGUAGAAAUUGGCGCGUUGAUGCACAUGGAUCUAUCAACUGACGGACUGAUGAGAUUUCCGUUAAAUUAUAUUGAAGAUUUUAGCCGGAUGUUAUUCACGUGCCAUUUCACUCUGCUCCUGUAAGUUUACUCUACACAUGUGUGCAUGUGUCUGUCUGUCUGUAUGUAUUAUGUACUGUUGUGUACAAAUUACAUGGAGAAGUAGAGGAGUGAUGAUCGUCGGGCAGACGAUGAUGAUGAUGAUGGGACUAGCAGUUGCCACCGAUAGCUCGCGCGCGCCACACAACUCUCUCGACUCUCUCCGUAUCGCCGUUGCCGCCUGGUAACCACCGCUGCUGCUGCAAUGCCGGGGCGGACAUUCUCUUUCUUUAUCUAUCUCUGUUGGAGUGCACACGAUACGACAUCAAGUGGGACUAGAUAGCUUGCCACCAGUGUCGAUGAUUCAAACUUUCUGUGGGAUAGUUAAUCAUUAUUAUCAUCAAGUAUACACUUGAUACUCUAAAGAUGCUACAAAAUUGGACAACUCGAAGCGCGACUCGGCACGCUCGUCGCAUCUUUGUCUUUGUAUUCAUCUGGAGUUUCAUCAUGAUAGCGGCACUGCAAUUUCGUCAGUCAGUUAAUCAAGUACUCCAACCAAAUGAUUCAGCGGCUAUUGACGGCGCUGUGAAUUAUCCGACAGGAUCAUGGGAUCGUGCAUCAGAUCAAGCACUAUCAUCAUCAUCAUCAUCAGCGUUAACGUCAUUGGCAGCUUCGAGAAAUGGUAAUUCUUCAUCGAUAAAAAAUUUCGCAAGAGAAUCCUACUCGUCACACAGACGCAAACCGUUGGAUGACGACGACUCGUAUCAUCACGAUCCUACGACUGGUGUUUCAGCCUCUGUUGCUAUUUUUAAUGAGAGACUCAAGAAAUUAAAUAACAAGAAACUUUUGCUGGAUGAACGGCCACCGCGUACUGAACAGGAACUUAUCAACGAGAUGGAAAAUCAAUUUCCUAGUUUACCCGUCGUCUCGUGGUACAAGAGAAGUACAACAACAACAACAACUACAACUGAGAAAACCGGUAAUGAUACCAAGACAAACAAAUACUGUGUGCCUCGUUACCCCAAUAUUCUUGAGCUUGAGUUCAAUAAUAAAUACUGGCAGACAUUAAAGUCAAGCAACGGAACUUUUCAGCUUUUCGGAGCUUACUACGAUAAUCGUAAACUGUCGAAAAUUGGCCCGGCAGUCAGGAUUGUGGGUAUGAUCGACAGAAUUGAACCAAAAAUAAAAACCUACUGUCAACUGUGGUUUGAUGGAGAGAAAGAACCUCAGGUCGUUGAUGUAUUUGAGUAUAAAUAUAUAUGGUUCAAGAAGUGGGGUAGUUAUAAACAAGGCAUUUAUCAACCUUACGUGAUAGCGUGUAAAAUACCCCAGACUCACUGGUCAAAAGAGCCUCCUGCAUCAAUCUCGAUCGUCGAGAGACCGUGUGAUACAGCCAGCACUAAUCUACGAGUAAUUUACAACAAACCGCCAGAGGGUAAGAAAAAAGAGUUUGCCGUGUGUGUAAAAGGUCUUGAUUUUCUCCACGAAGAUUUAUCAGUACGUCUGGUCGAGUGGAUCGAGUUAAUAAGUAUUCUGGGUGCCGAUAAAAUAUUUUUUUAUGAACUCCAAGUACAUCCGAACAUCACAAAGGUUCUCGAUCACUACCAGAAGUUAGGACAAGUCGACGUAACUCCUCUGACUCUCCCUGGUGGUCAGCCGAAUAUACCAACGUUUCAGCAUAUCUACUUGAAGAAAAAGACUAAUCAAAAACGACAAAACGAACUGAUACCCUACAACGAUUGUCUUUAUAAACACAUGUAUGAGUAUGAGUACAUAGCUCUGCUUGAUAUUGAUGAAGUAAUAAUGCCAAUUCAAGAUUUAACCUGGAGUCAACUUAUGCGACGCGUUCUACCCAAGGCUCUUCGCGUACGCAAUGAAACUCGUGCUUCAUACAACGUCAGAAACGUGUACUUUCUCGAUGACCUUCUACACUCACACGGAUACUUUGACCACGUGCCGAAGUACAUGCACAUGCUGCAACACGUAUACCGCUCGUCGAACUUCACUAAGCCUAAUGAGUACAUAAAGUGCUUUCAUAAUCCGGAACGUAUUGUCACUGUGCAUAAUCAUUUUCCGCUAGCGUGCCUCGGCUCCGGGUGCACGAGUUAUCCCAUCGAGACUGAGGAUGCUCAGCUGCAGCACUACAGAGCCGACUGUGUUACGUCUCUUAAGAAAACGUGCCUUCAGUAUCGCAAAAACAGCGUCGUCGACACGCAGAUCUGGAAAUACAAAGAUCAGUUGGUCGAACGCGUCACUGAUACUCUAGAGAAGCUUGGGUUCUUUGGCCCGGGAUAAAUAAUCCGGGUGUUAUAAAUUUACUGACUAUAAUUAUCAAUUAUCAAUUACUACUACUACUAUUAUUAUUAUUAAAUUGUCAUCAUAAAUUUGAAUAUUUAAAUUUUUCAAUUAUACAUAGCAGUAGUUAUCAGCUCCUUGUUCCACGGAUCGGCGCUACGGAGUAGACGAUCGUGUGCCAGUUAGUCUGUCCUUGAAUUACGAGUGCGCCGGAUCCGUGGAACGAUGAAGGCUUUCCCAUCAAGGACUAAUGUCUUUUGUCCCUCCGUUCCUCUGUCCCCUUUUGGCAAAUCCCGCAUUUCAUGGUCAGCCUCGAUCGUCCUCUAAGUAACCUUAUCCAUAUGUAUAUGUAUAUUAUUAUUAGUACGAAUAAUAAGUAAAUAAUAAAUAUAAUAUAGAUGGGCAAGUAUUCUGCACGUCUGCAAGACAGUGUGACGGUAUAUUACAUUGGAGCUAAAGACGUCUAGCGGAACAGAGGGCGAUUGACGUUGCACCAUGAAUUUUAGUAGCUAAGCCUUUUAUUAUAAUUCGCCAUUCGAAAAUGCGCAUGUGUGUGAACGCGGUUACGUCUUUUUACAAGGGUCUACACAUAUGUGCCACUAGACUACAAGGUCUUUCAUUUUUUAUUUUAUUUUUUUUUUUAUGAUGAAUUGACGAGAAUCGCCGCCACAAGCGUGUUCAUAUAUUUGUACAGUCUAAUUUUGUUAUAUAUAAAUAUACUAUUUUACUUAUAUAAUUAUUAUUAUUGCAACAAUUAUAUUGGAAUGGAUUUAAUAAAUAAAACAUCUAAUAUUUAUA